AUGGCUUCCUCGCCAAUAAGGAGGUCCACUCGCCGACGGACUGCGGUUCCAGAAUACACCACUGACGUCUUUGCAGUUACUGGGCUUGAGGUCGGAUCUUCAGAACCCGAGCAAUUAACCAGCGACGAGGAAGAAGAAACCGAAAUAUCAAAUGUCGUGGCUACAGGACGCCGGGGUGCAAAGAGGAGGGUUCGCAGGGGGACUCGACGUAGGGACGAUGAAGCAUAUGAAGAACAAGACAAUGAUGCUGAACGCAUGGUGGAAGAAGAUGAUAUAGUUUCUGCUUUGGGGUCGGAUUUGGAAGAAACAGACAAGGCACGAAAGGCCCGAUCAAGGCCAGUUGGACGCGUCGAUGAACAGGAUCCUAUGGCUACGCAUUCAAGAGGUCUUUACAAGUCAUCAGCCCAUGGCGCUAAAGUGACCUAUCUGAAAUUAACGUUCGGUUCUAGCGAUGAGGAUCUGUUGCCCAUGGUAUAUACAAGGGUUAGAUGGACAAAACGUAGGGAUGUGACAUUUCCCAGUAGUGAUACAUUACGGGAAGCGUUCAGCAUGACUAUUGAUGAAAUCGGAGCCGCUUUUGGCGUGAGCGGUGAUAUGUUGCGAAAGGAGGCGACCUCUGGCUGGGAUUGGUAUUAUGAUGAAAAUGCCAGUGACCGGUUUCGCAAAAGACAACAAACAGUGGGCAUCACAGCUGUGGAAGGAAAACGAUAUAUACCCCGACCGGGGACGAAAAAGCACACUGUGAUAAUAGGACCUGCAUCAUCUCAGAAAGUCUAUGAGCUGGAUGUGGGCCAAUCGCUGGACUUUGGGCAGUCAUGGAGUGAAAUCAGGCCAAAAGGCGAAAGGCCAGGGCGUCCGAAAAACCUCGGUAAGCAAACCCCCGAGGUGGUGGGGGCUGAAGAGCCUCUAUCACCUGAAAGUGAACUCGCGUCGGGGAUACCGAGUGGUUCUGCAACCCAGUCGCGAAGAACUCGCCAAGGGUGGAUUUUGAAUUUGGGUAACAAGAUUCAAUGUGUAUCUUGGGCACCAAACUGCACGAGUGGUUCGCAAUAUCUUGCGGUGGCUGUCCCAAUAUUGGGUUUGCAGAAACAAUCGUUGGACCUUGUGCCUCAAGGACCUCCGGCUUUUAUGCCUUCCCCGCCAUAUCCAUCUGCAAUACAGAUUUGGUCCUUUGAAUCUACGAAAGAAAAUAACGAUGUCCAACAACUUGAUAUGGCUGUCAAACCGCGCCUACGGCAAGUAAUAUGCACCGAUGCUGGCGAUAUCAGACGCCUAUCCUGGUGUCCAAUGGGCCGGGAUAAGCGAGAAGGAGAUGAUACUGUUGAGCGGCUCAAUAUCGUCCAGGUUCACGUUCCUGCUUUUGAAGCCAAACUACCAUCGACACUUUGCACCUGCUUUUGUUGGCUGUCACCGAGCGACCUCGCUGUUGGCACCGCCAGUGGGUUUGUUGGAGUUUGGAGUCUCUCAUCGCCAUCUGAUGCCAACGAAUCAGUGUCAAAUCCUGCACCAUACAUAUAUUUUCCAAUUCAUACUUCCUAUAUUCUCAAUAUAACGUCAUCGUAUCCAACACAUCCACAUAUACUUGUCACCACUGGAAUGGAUGGUAAAACGAAGCUCUUUUCCCUCCUGGAUCCGCGAGCAGAUGUAUCAGAGACUUCACGUUCACGGUUGGGAUCAUAUGAAGUAUCAUAUUCACCCUUCUUGCGAACGUAUAUUUGCCCCGAUGACACUGAAUUUAUCCGCAUCCAGCCACUCCGACGGUUUUUCUCUACAUCCUCCAUAUUACAAACGUACGAUCUAGUAUCUGCCAUUACCCCAGCGACUUUAUGCCACCCAUGCUUUUUGGCCGGUAAUGUAAGCGGCAAUGUCGUGGCCACGAAUCCACUUCGCAGGCUGAUGAGUCCCAAAGAAAAGGCCUGGCAACAGACAUGGUUUAGCCACCAAUGGAUUCCAAAUAAGCACGAAGAAGUUAGCGUUGAACAGAAAGAAGGUGUCGUGGGACCCGGAGUUAGCAAAUUUUACGACGGGUUUAAGGCAGAAAUACCUACACUAGUGAGAAAGCUGACAGGGGAUAGGAGGAUGGGUGACGGGAACCUUGCGAUUGCGACUUUUGAAGAGAAGACUGCGGUUACUGCGCUUAGUUGGAACCCGAAUAAAGCAUGUGCGGGCUGGGCAUGUGCUGGGCUGGGUUGUGGUUUGCUCCGCGUUGAGGACUUAGCCCUUCGAUGA